ACCACUAAACAACACAGUAAGAAAUUAAAACUGUUUCAAUAUGGCUUCUGUUCUCACUUUAUUCUCCUUCUAUGUCAUGCUCUUCUCAACUUCCUGCUUCACCACCAUCAAUGGAGUAUUCUCAGAACAAUCCCCCAUGGACAUAACGACAAAACGCAUGGAGAAACUGACCCACCUCCACUUCUAUUUCCAUGACACCCUUGAUGGCACAAACCCGACUGCCAUUAGAAUCGCUGGGCCAUCAGAAAGGUCAUUUGGCACUACUAUGAUGGCAGAUGACCCAUUGACAGAAGGGCCAGAGGCAAGUUCAAAGCUCGUGGGAAGAGCACAGGGCAUCUAUGCAUUGGCUUCUCAACAUGACAUUGGUUUGCUUGUGGUGAUGAAUUUCGCUUUCUUGAAAGGUAUGUAUAAUGGGAGUGCACUUAGCGUUCUCGGGCACAAUCCGAUUCUUGAUAGGGUCAGGGAAAUGCCAAUCGUUGGAGGAAGUGGAGUUUUCCGAUAUGCUCGGGGCUACGCUUUGGCGAAGACAGUUCAGUUCAACCAAAAGACCGGAAAUGCUGUGGUUGAAUACAAUGUGUCUGUCUUGCAUUUCUGAGGGGGUUCCAAGUUCUUCAGUAAUCAAUAUUGUUUGAGAGUUGUUUUAGUAUUCCAAGUCAGUCAUGCAUGCAUGUCUGUAGACUGUAGUAUUGUUUCUACUAUAGGAAAGUACUGUCAUUUCCCUAGUAACAAUAGAAUAAGGCCUAUUCUCAAUUAGCAAAUAUUGUUUCUCUAUUCUAAAACGAGUGACUGGUUAGGUCCUCAGAAAAUUGCGAGUAUAUUACUCAUCAAGACUACUCUACCUUAUGUAACUACAAUGAGGUAUAUCACAUGUUAGAGAGACGAGUAUUCAUGAUCCAUCAACUUCUAUAAAACAUUGUCGAGCUUAACUUUGGUCAGGAGCUGGCGUAAAAGUCCUGUUUUACGCCACCAAUGAAUAAAAGCCAUGUCAUAAUAUUAAUGGAAAAUCAAUAUACUCUAGCACACACAAUCAUAACUCCAUUAAACCUACAAUCCUCAACACGAAUGCACGAUAUUCUCUCAGACCUUAAGAACUAAACGCCUAAACCCCAAAUCCAUCUCCUCCUCUCCUCACCGGCGCUCCACCCCGCCACAUCCGCCGCCACACACGCCAUUUCUGGAGCUAGCGCCGCCGCACCCAACCUCAAGGCUAAUCAUGUAGACAGUACUUGUGGUUCUGGUUGCUGUGGAUUACUCUUGCUUUGUAUCCAAGGUGAUGCCAAAAGGUUUCUCUUAGAAGAGGUGACUAAUGGUGAAACUAAUGUAAAGCCAAAUAAUCAACCUGAGAAGUCAAGCUCAAAGGGAAAUCCAAUAUUAGGUUCUGUGCCAACAGUUGAUGCCUAUAAUAAGAACAAGGAAAGCAACACUUCUGACGAAGAUAACCACAGUGAGAAUGAUAAGAAUGAGAGUUAUAAAAGUAAUGGUAAUCCUUCAGGAUCAUCGACUGAGAGACACCAUCUUUAUAUAACCACAUGCCCGCGUACAAGACCAGAUUGUGAGAAGAAGGUGUGAAUUAAUAUGUAUACUAGUAUAAAAUAGAGAUAGUGUGGCAAAAUAUGUCACAAUAGGUUUGUAUCACAUCUUGGAUGUUUUCUUCUGUUUUGUUUAGCAUAUAAGUAAGGUAUGCCAUAUGCGAUUGUAAACUUUAUAAAUGAGCUUUAUGAUUGAAUGGCAUUCCUCACACAUCCUCAAUCAAUCACAACAUGGAUGCUUGUUUCCGAUGUUGUGUUAAGUAGUCCAAAUGCAAUUGUAAGUUUCUCACUAUGGUGUUGAGUGAAGUUUCCUUCUCGUCAAUGUCAAUCAAAACUUGGGAUAAACAUACUAUUUUCACAUUAUGUU